UAAAAUGGAUUCUUAUGCAAUGCAGAUUCGGCGAGUAUGGCUUAAUCAGGAUGGAGAAGGAUUGGCGGAUCUCUUGUCUUUGCGACAUAGUCAUGUUUCAAUACCUCAAAUAGGAUCAGAAACUGCCGUAAACAAAGCCAUGGAACAUAUAUCUACACCAUUAGACGACUUGGUACUUUGUCACUUAAAAGCUGUAUCUGCUAUGAACAAGAACGAUCCUUUAGCUAUGUACAAUUAUCAAAGCUCUGCUGUACAGUAUCUUGCAAAGAUUCUACAAAUGCAGAAAGAAGAAAAUUGGAUGUUACCAGUAAUGAAUGUAAUGUGUUUGGAACUAAGACUAUUGGCAAUAGGUGCAGAAAAUUCUAAAAACAAUAAAAAUGUAAAGCCUGGUGAAGUCCUGGAGAAAUGUGCUGAAUGCUUGAUGGCCUGUUUUCGAGUUUGUGCGGCUGACAGUAGAAGUUCAGAAGAAGACACGAAACGAUGGGGAAUGCUAGCCUUAAUUAAUCAAUUACUGAAAGUUUAUUUCAGAAUUAAUAAAUUACAUUUGUGCAGACCUUUGAUACGGGCUAUAGAAUCAUCCCCUUAUAAAGAUCACUUUGCAUUAGCGCAACAAAUUACUUAUAAGUUUUUCGUUGGCCGGAAAGCCAUGUUUGACAGCGAUUAUAAGAUUGCCGAUGAAUAUCUGACUUAUGCAUUUGAACAUUGUCACAUACAAUGCUCAAAAAAUAAGAGAUUGAUCUUGACUUAUCUUAUACCUGUCAAGAUGCUACUGGGAUAUAUGCCCAAGCAACAUCUCUUAGAGAAAUAUAAUUUAAUGGAAUUUUGGGAACUGAUGGAAUCUGUAAGGAAAGGAGAUUUACGUUCUUUAGAAGGAGUAAUGGCAAAACAUGAAACUUUUUUUAUUGACGCAGGCAUAUAUCUAAUCGUGGAAAAACUCAAACUGAUCGCUUAUAGAAAUUUAUUUAAGAAAGUGUACUUAGCAUUAAAUACACAUCAAAUACCAGUGCUGAGCUUACUUGUGGCGUUACAGAUGUAUGGAAUGGAGGAUAUAGAUAUGGAUGAAACAGAAUGUCUUCUUGCCAAUUUAAUAUAUGAAGGCAAGAUUAAAGGUUACAUAUCUUAUCAGCAUAAAAAAUUAGUUAUAUCGAAACAAAAUCCUUUUCCACCAUUAUCUACCAUUAUACCAUAAUUUAUUAUAACUGUAAUCGUAAUUAUUGUUACU